GACCAACACUGUCACACAGCGCACGAGCGAGCGACAGUGUGUCACGGAGAGAGAUGGGCAAUCCAUCUCUCUCAAUUCGAGUCGCCUUUGUUCUCUCCCUCUCUCUGGCAGCCUCCUACACAACCUCGUCGCAUUCCCCCACCAUUUCCUUCCUCAAAUCUCACUCAAACUCACCUGACAAUCCCAAUCCCAAUCCCAAGCCCAAUUUCAAAGCCUCCGCUUCCGACUUGCUUUCUCUUCUCGGCACUUCCCAACAAGCCUCAGCAAUCAAUGCCGAAGUAGCCCAAGAACUCAGGUCCUGCUUCAAAUUCCUCGUCCCCUUCACCCCAAGUCAUCUCAGUCCACAUUCCGACAGUAGCCCCUUUCGACGGGCACUGAGUUCAAAAUUAACUUGUAGUCAGAGUAGGACUAGGAGAGAAGAGGAUGAGCUCAUUUGGUGGCCGCCUGCGCCAGUAAUGGAGCUCGCUCGCCUGGCGGUUGAUUCUGGCGGUGAUCCUGGGGCUAUUCAUCGCACGCUUGAUCCAAAAAUGAUCCCAGUGAGUUU